UAAUAUUUAGUCAUAUUAUUAAUAUCUAUACAUGUAUUCCUUAUGCACACACUUCAUACUUCCAAAACUUUCUGUUUCAGGGUUUCCAAAUGUAAUUGGGUGCAUUGAUGGCACUCACAUUCCUAUUAAAGCUCCAUCAAUAAAUGAGGGAGACUAUGUUAAUAGGAAAUCUAUUCAUAGUAUCAAUGUGCAGGUAAUAUGUGAGGCAACCCAAAUCAUCACCAAUGUCGAGGCAAAAUGGCCAGGAUCUGUGCAUGAUGCCAGAAUUUUCCGCGAGUCAUCAUUAUGCCAGACAUUUCAGCAGGGACAGUACAAUGGUUACUUGCUGGGGGACAGAGGAUACCCUUGUCUGCCCUAUUUAAUGACACCCUACCCUGAACCUGAGCCUGGACCACAGACACGGUUUAACCUGGCUCACAGCCGAACACGGGCCAAGGUGGAGAUGACUAUAGGGAUCCUCAAAUCUCGGUUUCAGUGUCUGCGUGGGCUCCGGGUUAGUCCAGAGAGGGCAUGCGACAUUAUUGUGGCUUGUGUUGUGCUUCACAAUAUUGCCACUAUAAGAGGAGAGAGCCACCCUCCUUGUAUUGAGGAAGAUGGCCCAGAGGAACACCGACAGAUUUUAGAGGCCAACAGAGACGGAAGACUUUUGAGAGACAGGAUUUGUCAAAAUUACUUUUAUUAGUUUUUUUUGCACUGGUCUGCCAGGCAGUUUAUUUCUUCAUUUCCUGAAAAACAAUAAAAGUAAAAUUCAUUAAAA